AUCGGGGCCCCAGGAUGACAUAAUCAUCACGUACCUGUGGAGGGGAGACGGAGCAGAGCAAACGGCCACAGCAUCAGAUGUCAGACGCCGUGCAGUAAGUCUGUGCAAUAAGUCUGCCUCAUUUAAACGUUCAUCUUGGAUCGUCGUCACGAUCCUUUCGUGUGGAGGCGAGAGAUCGAAGCAUUCCGGGGUUCAUUUCGAGAUCCUGGUCGAUGCGGAGGUUUGCAGCGUUUGGCCUGUUUGGCCUGUUUGCCUGUCCUUAGCGUUGCGCGAUAACGACGGAAUGACGCCGCCUCCAGCUUCGCUUCAAUCGACAAUUACUCCCCUCCAUGGCACGCCCUCGCGCUCUCUCGGGCGCCGACGCCCCCAAAGAACCACAUGCCGUCUCCCUGAAAGUACUGCGGCUAUCACGGCCUUCUUUAUCCUAUCAGUACCCCCUCCCGGUGGCGGAGACGAAGAUCUCGAAUAAAGCUUCGCUGAGCUAUCCCGCGGACAACAUCGAUGAUCAGUUUAUCCUCACGCCCAAUUUAACACUGCCCCCGGCCUUCGGAUCCGCAUACGUCGGGGAGACAUUUGCAUGCACCCUGAGCGCCAACAAUGAAUUGCCAGAAGAAGAGACAUCGCGGGUCGUCACGUCGGUCCGCAUAGUGGCGGAGAUGCAGACACCAUCGCAGGUAGCGGCUUUGGACCUGGAGCCGGCCGAAGAUACGGCUUCGAAGGACGGGAUACAGAAGGGCUUUUCUCUACAGAAGAUCGUGCGGUUCGAUCUGAAGGAGGAGGGAAAUCACAUCCUGGCGGUCAGCGUCAGCUACACGGAAACGCUGAUCGGGUCGGACGCGCAAGCCGCCAGUGGGCGAGUGAGAACGUUCCGCAAGCUCUACCAGUUCGUCGCGCAGCCCUGUCUCAGCGUGCGAACGAAGUCCUCGGAACUAGCGCCAUUGGAGGUCGAGAAUAAAGCGCUGGGUCCUUAUGGGAAAACCCGUCUGCUCCGAUUCGCGCUGGAGGCGCAACUGGAGAAUGUGGGCGAUGGGCCUGUUGUGGUCAAGCAAACGAGGCUCAACCCGAAACCCCCGUUCAAAUCGGUAUCCCUGAACUGGGAUCAGGAGGGUCCGGAGCAGACGGAUCCGCAGCCACCGACGCUACACCCGCGCGAUGUCCUGCAGGUCGCGUUUCUGGUCGAGCAGGAAGAAGGGCAGCAGGAAGGCCUUGAGACACUCCAGAAGGAGAUGAAACGUGACGGACGAGCGGUUCUGGGCCAAUUGUCAAUCGAGUGGCGAGGCGCGAUGGGAGACAAGGGGUUUCUGACCACGGGCAAUUUGUUGACGCGCAGACGCGCAUGAGAGAGUCAGUCAGACAAGGAGUAAAAUGUACGGAUGCAUGUCCGGAGUACCGUGUACCUGAGAGAUGCAGUGGUUCCUUUGCCCCUGUCCCCUGUGUAACCACCACCACCACCAUCACCACCUACCUACGGAGUACCUACCUAUCUAGAUACCAUUCCGGACACCGCAACAGCAAACGCCGACCGGUGCAGA